AUGCUCCAACGACUAUCUGUGCUUGUCCAGGUAAUCAAGAAAUCAAACGGUGUGGCUGCCAAAUCAAACAUUGUAGACAAAGAAGCUCUUCUCAAAGUCAUUGAGAACGACAUCAAGAAUGAUCUCGAAUUGAAAGCUCAUAUACGCUCCAUGAUCGUUGUGACUUGCAAUGAAUACGAAGUGAAUGACGAGAUGGUUCAAUGCGUCACUACCAUCAAAUCAUCUCUCAAACAAAUGCAUGCAACAUUUUUCUUGAUAAGUGAUAAAAGAAAGGAUGUAUGUGUUGAUGGAAAAGUUGGCCAAAGUCGUCAACUUGAUUGA